CUGUCAUCCUUUCAUUCCUUCUCGUCAGCGAGAGGCCUCUCAAAUACCCAUAUAAAAUUCGAGUAGAUCUUACCAAUAGUUGCUUUCAAUCCUAUUAACCUUUUACAAAAAAGUAAACAGAAACCUGUCAUCGUGAUAUUCUAGAUAUUGGGAACCUACUUCACGCCAAAUAUGUCAAGCCAAGAUUACUACGGCGGUGGUGGUGGUGGUUAUCCACCAUCCCAUAACCAAUACCCGCCCCAAAACUACAACCAUCAGCAGCAACAGUACCCGGGCCAGAGUCCUCCUCCAAACCAGUACCAGCCCCAAGGCUGGAGUCACGACAACAGUCAAUACGGCGGACAGCAGUACGGUGGACCGCCACCGUCACAUACGCCGAACUCUUACGGAUCGCCGCCUCCGGGUCAGUACUCGCCUUAUCCGCCGCAACAACAACCUUACGGUGCACCCCCACCACAAGGAAGCCCUUCCCCUUACCCCGGCGGCCCGCCCCCUUACGACAAUCGUUCCGGCUCGGCGCAGGGCCAAGGCUACCCAUCGCAGGGUUACCCGAAUCAAUACCCUCCUCAGCAACAACACCAACAACACCAACAACCGCCGUACCAGCAGCAGCAACAGCACCAACAGUACCCACCCGGACAACAAGGUGGCGACUAUCAGCACGAUCCCAAUACCGGUGAUAGGGGGCUAGGGUCAUUAGUAGGAGGCGUACUUGGGGGUAAGAAAGGCAGUACCCCACUAGCAGCCAUAGGCGCAGCAGCCGCCGCGCAUUACCUUGGCGGUUCUUCCCACGGAGGCAGCCAGGGCGGUCACGGAGGUGGAUACGGAGGAGGUCAUGGCGGAGGGGGCAUGGGUAUGGCCUCGGCAUUCGCUCCCGCUGCUGCAUUUGCUGGCGCCUAUGGUGGCAGUAAGAUGCACAAGAAGGACAAGAAACAUAAAAAGGAUAAGAAGCACAAGAGCCGCAGCCGCAGCAGCAGUUCGAGCAGUGGAAGUAGCCGGAGCAGCUAGGUAAAGCCAAUAGGUGGCUUACCGCGUGGAUAUGAGAUAUUACUGAACGAGGGGAUCACGAUUUCGUGACGAUGAAUUAGAUUCAAGCUUUAGGAUCUAGGCCAUCUAGAGACCCUAGGUCUAUCAUCAUCAUCAUCACACUUCCAUAUAAUGCUUC